ACGGAAGUGACCAUGAACAACUUCCAUGUUAGCGUUUUUAUUGUUGUUAUUUAGACGUUUAUUUACACAUUGGAACUCAAAAUAUGACUCUUAACUGCACAUUAUAACAUAAUUAUCCCAGGUAGCCUAAGUCGCGUUGGAGACGGGACUUGGUUGAUAUUUUAUCAAGGUAACAUUAGCUAGCUGCUAAUCUUAGCUAACAAUGGCUAACUGUAUGGUUUUUCACACUCAAAUAGCCUCCAUUAUGGAGGUUCUAGCGAAUGCCGCCGUGGUAGAGGUCUGCAAACUUGUAGACGACGACUAUGCAGUGUUUCGUUUGGAAAUAACUCAAAGCCAGAAAGAAAACAGGGCAUUGCGGAGGAAACUACAGCUACUGGAACUGAAGGUGGCACGGGAGCGUGCAGAGAGGACAACGCCAGACCGCGUCCUCGCCAGUUUCCCCAGAAGUAUCAAGUCCCUCGACCGAUACAGAGGAAUGGCAAGAGGUGAAGGAAAUCUCACUGGAGGCUACAGGAGCAUUGUGAAGCCAGCGGAACACAAUACAUGGAGAGAUGACCAACCAAUCACUGUUGAUGAGGAGAGUGGAACCGCAACCCAGCAUGUAAUCGUAAUAGAGUCUGCAGAGGCUGCAGGUCCUGGAGGAUUGUCUCUGGUCAAGCAGGAGAGGACUGAAGGAGACGACCCACAACACAGCAGAGACAUCCAGACUGGAGCAGCGGCUGGAGUGGUGCCUCCUGUAGCUACGGACGACCUCGCCACCACGCCCCAGCCCCGACUCAGCAUUACGGAGGAGGAGGGUCUGGAGGUGCUGCUGGUGAAGGAGGAGGGCUGUGAGGAGGGUCAGGGGAACCGUGAGGGGACCAUCGUCAUGAAGGACAACCAGACUACAUCUCCUCCUGAACCCACAGAGGAACCAGCUGAGCAGAACAGGACCACACACAGUCUCACUGAGUCAGUAAACAACAUGGAGGAUGGGAAGCCUGAUCUGCUGCUGGUGAAAGAGGAGACAAUAGAAGACGGACCAGAGAGCAUUGAUUUGCUAAGUGGACUAAAGAUGGGGGAGCAAGGUGGUUGGCUGGAGGCUAACAGAGGAGACUGGGCGGCCAGCUUGGAUUCCCAGACCCAGAUGGGUGCAGCCAAGGGCCCAGGGGACAACAUCACUGAGCAGGUCAGGACCAGAGGCAACAUAGUGGAGGUCAGUGGAUGGGACAGCGUCCUCAACUCUGGGCUGUGGAACAACACUGUUAACCUCAACCAGAAACCGACAGUGGAACACAAAACAACAUCCAAACUUAGUCUCCAAGACAACAGACUGCCUGAGACUAGUGUAAGGCGUAGAUUUGGUCUGCGGGGACGAGGUGAUGUCAGUAUGCAGCGAGAGCGAACAGAUACAGACUUCGCUAGCAAUGCUCCGUCCUGCUCCUAUAGUCGUGAUUCAGAGAGACUGAUGGCAACUCAGGUUAACCCCCCAACAGGUGCUGCCUUCAGCCUGCCUUCUAUAGGAUCUAUCAACUGGAACAUGGACCCUGUGACAACACAGACACUCCCUGGCCUUUGUCCUCCUCAAACUCUCUUAAUGUUAAACCAGAACUCAGACAAUGCCAGUGCCUCAACACUAAAUGGCUAUACAAGCUCAUUGACAAAUGAAAAUAGUAGAGAUGGAAUCAGUAAAGGUGAUAUCGCCAUAGAGAAGCGCUUCCCGUGUUCGUUCUGUGGGAAAGUCUUUACUUUCUCCAAACAGGUAGAGAUCCACCAGAGGGUGCACACGGGGGAGAAACAAUUUGGCUGCAACCUGUGCCGAGCCAGUUUCUCUCACUCUUUCAGCCUGAAGAGACACCAGAGAGUCCACACAGGGGAGAAACCGUUUAGCUGUACUCAGUGUCACAUGCGCUUCGCCCAGGCUGGUGACCUGAAGAGGCACCAGAGGGUCCACACAGGAGAGAAACCCUACAGCUGCCUCCAGUGUGAGAAGAGGUUCACCCGCCAGGACCAGCUGAAGAUGCACCUGAAGGUCCACAUGGGAGAAAGGCCGUUCGCCUGUACACAAUGCGGGAAGAGGUUCUCAGAGAGGAGCUAUCUCAGGAUACACCAGCAGAAAAACCAUCCCACUCUAUAACAUGGAAAGUAACCAUUCCUCUUGAUAGCUUCUGAUGUUUAGAUCAAAUCAUGCAUUAAAGACAGAUUCAUUUUCAUUGUUGUCAGCAGAAAAGAGCCACCAAUGCAUUUGGAAUAACAAUAGUAGCAUAUUUCAGUGUUGAAUAUUCCUGGGUAAAAUAUUGCAUUCAGACAUUGUAUAAGCCUAAAAAGUCUGUUACAUAGUGUUUGUACUGUGUAGGCUAUAUGAUGUUCAUUCAUUUUAUUAUUUACCCUCAAACUUAAUGAGAAAAUGCAGUUCAUCAAGUUCAUGCUGAUUUCUUUUUUAUUAAUAUUUUUUUGUGUGGUUUUCAUGUGGUGUAUUUAAAUCUGUUUAAUAAACACAAUGGGACUUUUCAUUAAGACUUUAUAUGAGACUAAUAUGCGUCCCAUCUGAUCUCACCUUAUUCUGCAUACACAUCAGCACUUUACCAUACUUACUGAAAUAUCUACACACACAUCAAAAUAGUUCAGUCGCGUUUGUCUGAGGAAUUUUCACUUAUCAUAGCUGACUCAUAUUUACCCACAUGUAUGUCCACCAUAAUGUCAUUCUGUAACUACAAUAUAGGACUAAAUAGAUAGGACUAACAUAGUGGGGGUGGGUAAACACGCCAUGUUGAAAGUGUGUUUAUCUGAGGGAGUGUAUGUCUGUGUAAUCUGUAUCACCGCUC